AUUUUUUGUUAGAAGUGUAGGUACCAAUUUGUAAUUGCACAAAUAAGUGACGUAAGAUGGAGUUAGGGUUGUAGGUUGGCCGUGUAUAUAUAUAUGUUGUGAUGGCUGACCUAUGUAAGAACACAGUGAAUAAGAUCGAUCUCUGCCUUGUGCCGUGGACUAGUUUUGACGAUCCUUGUCAAGGAAACCACGUAAAUCGGUGUCUCGUCUCUCUCGUAUUAGUGUUCGUAUUAUUAUCAUGGUAUCAGAUCCUCAGGAUUCUUGAUCAAGUUUGAAGUUUGAUCAAGUUUGAAGUUUUGGGUUUCACGGCUUCGUGUGUUUGUUUACGUUUAGCUUUUGUCGAGUGGCCGCCUAUUGUGCAGUGCGCGCUACUGGGAAUUUCAGCGCGACUGGGAAUUUUAGUUGGGAGGUCUGGUUCGGCGUUCAUGGAGGGUUUUAAAUCGGAUGUUGUGGGGGUUCGUUUUAACGGGAAGAACUAUGCACUUUGGGAGUUUCAAUUCAGGCUCCAUGUGCAAGGGCGUCGCAUGUUCUCGUUUCUGGACGGGACUACUCCUCCACCCACGGCCGAUGCCACUGCUAAGAAGCGGGAGGAUUGGGCCGCCAACAAUGCUACGGUGAUGUCUCUGUUGCUGGGGUCGAUGGAACCCGACAUUGCUCUUAGCUUGCGUAGUCUCCCUACAGCUGCCGCAAUAUGGAAACAUAUGGCGGAUUUAUACUCGAAGGCGAGUGCUUCUCGCAAAUAUGACAUUGAAUUUGAUUUGGCGGCGCUGAAACAAGAGGAGCUGGAUAUUGGUUCAUAUUAUCAGGAGGCAAUGACACUAUGGACAGAGCAUGACCUGAUCACGAGUUCUCUGGUCUCUGCCGCUGCAACAUCGGACGUUCUCCAAGAGAGAGCUUGCUCACGGGUGAUGCACUUUCUAAUGAAUCUCCGGGCUGAGUUCGAGGGGAUUUGUGCAUCCCUCCUUCAUUGUAAUAUAUCUACCAUUGAGGGUGUCUUACCAGAGCUUCUGCGCGAGGAAACUAGAUUGAAGAGUCAAGCUAAGCUUGACAUUCAUGCUUCUGAUCCCGGUGCGGCAUUUGCUGUUCGUCAAGGUCGUCCUCAGUUUGCUCGUACUACAUCGGGUGUGAUCAUCUUUCACUUCUGUAAGGAGCCGGGUCACAUUCAAUUUCACUAUAAGAAACAGAAUAAUUGCAACUAUUGUAAACUUGACGGUCACCUUAUCGCAGACUGCCCAACAUUAGCACAACGGGGCCAAAAUCGCAAUGCUGCAGGGAAUUCACAUUAUCGUGGUGGUCCUCGUUCCCGACCUGCUGGUGGCGCCUAUGCGACCGCCGUCACGGAAGCUCCUUCGCCUGGCAUGUCUCCGGAGGAUGUCUGCAAGCUAGUUCAGGAGGCGUUGAAGGAGGCCUUUGCUUCGGUUCCCAACCUGGUCUCGGUGGGACAAUUGGCUGAAGAUAGGUGCCGGGUUAUGUUUGAUGAGGCUGGUUGUGUUGUGCGGGACAAGAAAAUGGGAGUGGAGAUCGGGCGGGGGAGUAAGCAGGGUCGGGUUUAUAUGUUGGACAGCAUCUCGAAGAUCGGAGGGGAGGCCGAUGGCAGUUCUGGGUUGGGCCGAGCUACUGAAGUUAGUGUGAAGACCUUUGUUGAUCAAACUGGGAUUUCAUGUAAUAAUGUUAUUUCAUGUUCUGUUUUUUCGGCUGAAUAUCAAACUGGGAUUUGUGGCAUUUUAGACUAGGUCAUCCCAAUUCUGCAAGACUUCGUAC